AACUUCUGGGGAUAAAAUCGAAAGAAGGAAAUUGAUAGACGUUUGUUUAUUCGUGUAAUGGAUAGCUUUAUCCUAGUUUCCAAACAAAGCCAAUUCUGAAACUCUUCCUGAUUCCGUCGAUAGGGUGAGAGAGGAAGAGAUCCAAGGAGGAUUCGAUAAAAUGGCUCCAAGAUCCGAUUCGCAAACCGGCUCCAGUGUAUCAGACGGUUCAGAUCAAUCCUCAAUGGAUCCAAUAUUCCACCUUCUCCGAAUCGUCCCAUUCUCAUUUCUCCGACCACCGCGCCUCCGUCUGAAGAUUCCAUCGUUCACGCUUCCUUCUCCGAUGACUGUAUACGCUCUAAUUCUCCUUACCUACUUUUUAGUAGUCUCCGGUUUCGUCUACGACGUAAUUGUCGAGCCUCCGGGUAUCGGAUCAACUCAGGAUCCGACUACUGGAACUAUUCGACCCGUUGUGUUUAUGUCGGGUCGGGUUAACGGGCAAUAUAUCAUUGAAGGUCUCUCUUCUGGAUUCAUGUUCGUUCUCGGUGGAAUUGGGAUUGUUAUGCUUGAUUUAGCGCUUGAUAAGAACAAAGCCAAGAGUGUUAAAGCUUCUUAUGCUGUUGCUGGUGUCUCCUCCAUUGUGAUCGCUUAUGUCAUGAGUUCUUGGAGAAAAGAGACGACGUGGAGAGAACAUUCCAGAAUACCUAGGCGAAGCAAGACUGUCGAUGGAGCGGUACUCAGGCAUGAUGAACCCUUCUCUCUCCUCUCUAUUCCAGCUUCUUGAUCCGCCAUUGAACGUCCCAUACUUCACCAAUUUACCGAAUCCCCAUGACUUCUUUUUGCUGGGACUCCUUGGUGAGCCACCAUUCAUCUUCUGUGUCAGAUACUCUCUCACCACCUGCAAAUUCUGCUCCAUCACCUCUAUGGGUGGCGACACAAGCGGGUUUCCUUCAACACUCAGCUUCCUUAACCGUCUCAUGCAGCCAAUGGACUCUGGCAAGACAGUGAUCUUGUUGUAGCUAACAUCGAGCUCAAUGAGGUUCAUUAAAAGGCCAAUGGAAGAUGGAAGAGCGGAAAGAUACUGGAAAUUCUGGCUGACAUUGAGGAUCUCGAGGUUGAUGAGAUUCUCGAGAUCAUCCGGUAGAAUCAUGAGGCAGUUGAGACGGGCGUCAAGGACACGGAGAGAUGUGAGGUGAGUAAUGGAGAUUGGAAGACUAAUUAGCUUGUUGGAGUUGAUAGAGAGCUUCCUUAGAUUGGUGAGUUCAAAACCAAUGGAGUCUGGUAAUCUGAUUAGUUUGUUGAAGUUUGCAUUUAGUUCUUCCAAUGACCUG